AUGGAUAACCAAUCUAACUCAAAGUCUAAAAUUUGUCCUAAGAAUGAAACCGAUAUUAAAAGAUCUUUUUAUUCAGAGGAUGAAGCUGAGUUAAUUCCUAAGAUUCCAUAAAUAGCAAAACCUUCUAAAUUUUCAAAAGGUGAUAUUCAUCCUUUUUAAACUGAUGAUUCUGAUAAUACACCUAAAUAAGUGCUUACUCCAACAUCACCUAAAGGAUAAAAUAAAUUAUCUAAGUUCAAUUAGAAGGAUCAUCACAUUGAAAAAGAUUCUGACAUUUAGUUUGAUUCUGAAGAAGAGAAAAGAAAAGAAGAAACAAAUGAUAAUACAUAUCAUAGUAAAGCUUCUCAAGAGAAUGGUAUUGAAGAAAUGGGUCAACAAAUCUAAUAAUAAUAUUAAACACCUAAAUUAGGGCAUUUACAUCUCCCAAUUUCUAAAUCUAAUUCUACAAAACAAGUAUAAGCAAAUAAACACUUUAGCAUAAAAGAUCAUCCAUUUAAGCAUCUCAUAUAUGGAAGACAUGUGAAUUAUAAUCAAUUUUUAAGAUUCUUAUAACUGGUUCAAAGUGGUUUGGUUUAUGCUUGCAAUUCUUUAAAAGGACCAUCUGAAAAUUUUUUGAAAAGCAGAUUUGUCAGACUUAAAGAAUCAAAUAUAAGAAAACAGAAAUUCUUAGUGUUAGAUUUAGAUGAGACUUUGAUUCAUAGUUGUAAUCAUAGAGAUUUUCCCCAAGUUACAAUAACUAUUUAAGAUGAUAAUUAACAUGUUGAUGUAUUUAUUCUAUUAGUAAAAACUUAGUUAACAUUUAAUAUAAGACCGUAUUGUCAAGAAUUUCUAAAAGAAAUGUCAAAGCACUAUACAAUUUAUUUAUUUACAGCUUCAUCAGAGAUGUAUGCUCAAGCAAUAGUGAAUCAUUUAGAUCCAAAACGAUAAUACAUCUCAGACAUUUUAGGUAGAAAAAAUUGUUUUGAGACUAAAAAUGGUUUCUUUAUAAAAGACUUAAGAAUAAUUACAAAUAGAAAUUUAAAAGAUAUUGUAAUAAUUGAUAAUCUGGCACAUUCUUUUGGGUUAUAAUUGGAAAAUGGGAUUCCAAUUUUAGAAUGGACUUAAGACCCAAAAGAUGAGGAAUUAAGAUUUCUAUAAUAAUAUCUUAUUGAAUUGAGUAAAGAAGAAGAUGUAAGAAGAUUCAAUAGAGAGAAAUUAAAAUUAAUUGAUUUAGUUGAUUUUAAACUUGUAAUCUGA